AUGCCUGGAUCAUCCCUCUUACACUCUGCUCGCUCAUACCUCCAUAAGCCAAGUUUCCUCGACUCAUCUCCGCCACGUUAUCCCGCUUUACCAACAAUUCGAGAACCGGAGCGGGCUGCGGGCCUUUCGCAAAGGUAUCCUGUCCAGCGAGAGUCUAUCUUGAUCGAAAGGCGGCACGAGCAUCUGAGCACCAAGGCGAAAAGACACGUGCGUUUCGAUGUGUCUACAAAGACAAGAAACCGGCAUACUCGCAAGCAUGAGGACUAUUACGACGGACCGCCUGGGCCAGAAAGCCACACGUCCAAUUCCCCACGAACAGUACUACAGGCACCGCCUCGCCCUCGCCCUUCCAACCUUAGACCCCAACCUCAACCUCUCCCGGACACACCUGAACCAACCCAGCCGACAAUCUACAUCAUAACCUACAGCACCGACCGCACCCCCAACUCAAAAGCUUUCAAAUCGCUACUGGAAACCCACCUUCCCCAUCGCGACCCCCCAAUCCCACAUCUCUACACCAUCGACGCAUCCUCCAUGCUCGUCCCGCCAAAACAUCUAUGCGCCGUGUACUCUGGCCUCUCGCCCGUCAUCCAAUCUCACGUGCUGCAUGACCCUCGCGCGAGGAAGGCGAUCCGAAACGGAAUGAGGGAUUUGCUAGAGUUUGGCAAGGUGGAGCGACAAAAGGGGAGUGUGGGGCAACAGAGACGAGGUGGUGGUGGUGGGGAAAGGGGUAUGAUGGAGGUUGCGAUGAGUGUGUGUUGUCAUGCAGGGACGCACCGGAGUGUUGCAAUUGCGGAUUUGAUUGCGUUGGAGGUAAGGAAUGAAGUUGGGCGGUUGGAGGCGCCGGAGGGGGUUAGGGUUGUGGUCAGACAUGUGCAUCGGGUUCGGGGGAAGAUGGACCCGUUCUGA